AUGUUUACAAAUAACUCAAAUAUUAAAAAUAAUGUAAUUGACAAUUCUGACGAUUCUUUAUUAAAUAGAAUGGAAACAAGUGUUACACCUGUUAAUCAAGAAGAUUCAACAACAAAAAACUUUAAUAAAAUUAAUCAAAAAGAUAACUAUAUUUUAACAAAAGAUAAUUCGAUUAAAAUUAACAAUAAUGCAAAUAGACCAACUUCAAAUAGAGCUGAAUCUUAUUCUUCUUCAACAACAAAAUUAAACACAGCUAAUAAUAGCUAUUUAGAUUUACAAAAUUUAAAUAUUGAAAAUAGCAAUAAUAAUAAUAUUAAUGUUAAUAUUGCAGGUAAUAAUAUUGUUGAAUCAAUCUCAACACCAUCAAUGAUGAAUGAUUUAAUGGCUUUAUUAGAUGACGAAGAAAAUGAAAAUAAUUUUAAACAAGAUUCAAAUAUGAUAAUAGAUCUUCAUAUGGUUUCACCAAAGGGUAAAAACAAUAAGCACUCAAUGGAUUUCGAUAACGGUUUCAUUGAUACGAAUAAUAAUAACAUUAAUAAUAAUAAUGAAUCUGAUUCAUUUGUUCAACCUUCAGAUUUACAUACAAAUUAUAAUAGCAAUAAUAAUAUUAUUAACAGUAAUAAUUUUCAAAGAAAAAAUUCAUACGUGGAUGAUUCUUUAACUUUUAAUAAUAAUAUUUCUUUUGGUGGUAGAAGAGCAAGUGAAUUAGUUACAACAGGAAUUAAUGGAAAUUCAAUAUUUCCAAAUUCAAGACCUUCAAUUUCAGAUUCAUUAGAUUUUUGGGAACUUACAAAUAAUAAUAAUAAUGCAAUUAAAGGUUCACCAAUGUCAUUUGAAAAUAAUAAUAUUAAUAAUAAUCAAAAAUUUAUUGAUGAAAGUAUUAGUCAAGCACUUAACGAUUAUAAUAUGGAUUUUAAUAAUCAAAGAAAAAAUUCAAUUAAAUUAUCAAAUAAUAAUAACAAUAUUACAAAUAUUCAAGAAAAUCCAUUUGAUGAAUCGAUUGAUUCAAAUAUUUUAAAUUCUCCAAGACAAAAUAUAAAUAAUUCAAAUACUACGAAUCUUUUACAAGAUUUUUCAUUUCAACCACUUAUGAAACCAACUGACCAAUCACACACACAACAUCACCAUAAUAACAAUAACAAUAACAGUAGUCGGAAUAAUGAUAAUAAUUUAUCAAUGUCUCCAGAUACUAGAGGUAAUGAAUUAUUCUAUUCUCUUUAUAAUCAAACAGAACCAAAUAAUUUGGAUCUCUACAAUGUUUCAAUGUCAAGUGAUGAUACUUCAAAUAAUAAUAGAAAUAUGAUUCCUCUUCAAGCAGAUGAAUUAUUAUCUUCACCAAAGAAGAAAUUUAUUAAACCUUCGAUGAUGUUAUCAGAAUCUGCAUCAUUAUCUGCAAAAUUAGCUAUAACAGGUUUACAAAAAAAACCUGAAACUUUCCCAACUAUUGAUACUCAAGUUUAUCAUCAUCCAACAAAGAUUGUUAAAAGAAAAUCAGUCUCUUCAUCAUCAAACCCUGCAAAUUCAAGAUCAGAAAAUAAUAGAAGGAGAAGAAAGUCUACUAUUGGUAUUACUAAUACAACAACAAGUAAUUCUAAUAUCAUUAAUAACAAUACUACUACUAGUAGUAAUAACGUUGCUUCACUUACAACUUCUCCAAGGACUUCUUCUUCGUCUGCAUCUUCUUCAAAACGUAAUUCAAAUGCAAAUUUAAAUGCAGCUUUGCUUGAAGAUCCAUCAAUUAAACCAUUCCAAUGUAAAGAUUGUGAAAAAGCAUUUAGAAGAAGUGAACAUUUAAAGAGACACGUCAGGUCCGUGCACUCUACAGAUAGACCAUUCCCAUGCAUGCUUUGUGAAAAGAAAUUUAGUAGAAGUGAUAAUUUGUCACAACAUCUAAAGACACAUAAGAAACAUGGUGAUUUCUAA